AUGCUAUCAAGAGUAUUGAAGAACGUGGAGUCAACCGAUUCCUUUUGUAAAGAAACAAGAGAUGAAAUGAAAAGCUUAGGGCAAGUUGUAGGUUCUCACUCAACUUCCAUCAAGCAAUUAGAAUCACAACUUGGCCAAAUCUCGGCUACUCUCAAUCAAAGAAAAAAAGGAACACUCCCUAGUGAUACGGUUGCAAACCCAAAGAAUGAUCGUGAUCAUAAAUGCCAUGCAAUCACUACUAAGAGUGGCAAGACAAUUAGGGGAGAGAAAUUGGUAAAAGAAAAUUUGGUUAUUGAUGAUGAGAAACUUGUGAAAAAGCCCAUGGUUGUUAAGGAAGAACUGAGUCAAAAGAAGAAGCGGGCUAGUAUUGAAAAUCCUAUUAUUAUUGAACAAGUACCCAAAAAUAAUGAAGCUUCAAAAGGAAAAGAAGCGGUAGAGGAAGUGCCAAGGGCUUUACCGCCCGUUCGAAAGCCUCCUCCAUUUCCUCAGCGAUUGGUACACGUGAAAGCGGAUGAUGGUAAGUUUCUUAAGUUUAUCGAGAAAUUGAAAGAACUUUCAAUCAACAUCCCUAUGGUGGAAGCACUUGAACAAAUGCCUAGGUAUGCAAAAUUCAUGAAAGAUCUUGUGACCAAGAGGAGACAUUCUAGUUUUGACGUAGUGGGGGUUACACGUCAUUGUAGUUCUAUUAUGACAAAAGCCUUGAUUCAAAAGAAGGAAGAUCCAAGAGUUUUCAUCAUUCCUUGCACUAUUGGGACGUACAAAUUUGCAAAGGCAUUAUGUGAUCUUAGAGUGAGCAUCAAUUUGGUGCCGUUUGCUAUCUUUAACAAGUUGGGUUUGGGCACUCCCCGAACCAUAACAAUGAGGUUGCUAAUGGCGGAUAGAAUCGUGAAGAAAUCGGUGGGUAUUCUUUAUGAUGUGUUUGUGAGAGUUGAUCAAUUCAUUUUUCUAGCCGCCUUUGUGAUUUUGGAUUGUGAAGUUGACUUCGAGGUGCCCAUAAUCUUGGGACGGCCAUUUUGGGUUACAGGGCGUGCUCUUGUAGAUGUGGAGAGGGGUGAACUAAAAUUUAGAACGAAUGAUGAAGAGAUCACCUUCCAUAUUUGCAAAUCGAUGAAGCAACCGGUGGACAUGAGUGUAGUGUCGGUUAUUGAUGUAAUUGAUGGAGCUAUGGUGUCAACUGUUGAGUACGAACAUGUAGAUGAGAUGUUGUCAGUGGUCUAG